GAAAAAGGAUAUAUUGUAACGACCCAUCCCUGUUCGUUCAAUAGAUGGCGCAAUUGUCGUUUGACAGGUGCGAAUGAACUGACAUUUUUAAUUCCGAAACAUGGGAGUGUGCGCAAUUUAUUUAGGCUUCUUCUAACGCCUGUUAUGUUUUUCGGAGUAAACGAAAGAGAAGAAGAAGAAAUUUUUCAUUUUCACGGCGUACAAUGGACGCCUGUGGAAGUGAUAACUUGACCCCUGGACCAUCUGUAACAGUGAAAGAAGAAAUUAGCGAUCAAUUAUCAACAGUGAGUGAACAAAAUGUAACAAUAACUGAACAACAAACAAGUUGCACCAGUGAACUCGAUAAUGAUCAACAAAUUGAAUGCACAACAGAAGGUCAUGGAAAUGAUAUUCGUGCAUUAUUGGCAAAAUGUGUUGUUUGCAACAAAACCUUUACCUCGAACGAUAACCUUAAACUUUUAGAGUGCCUUCAUACAAUUUGUUCCGCGUGUGUCGCAGAGAAAUGCAAUGACCAUAACACAUCCGUGGAUACUGAAGUUCUCUUGGAGUCGAAUCAUGUUGUUUGUACAUCUUGCAAUGUGACAAGCCAUGCGGAUAAUUUGAUAGAAAAUCAAUUCAUCUCGAAGGUUACUCAAGAAGAAUGCAAUGCAGGUCCUGAAGAAGAAAAUAAAGAUGGAGAAGAAGAAAAACAAUGCACAAGCUGUAGCGAAGAUGCAAGAGCUACAAGCUAUUGUAUUGACUGCGAGGAGUUUAUUUGUGAAAAUUGCGUUAUGGCGCAUCAAAGGUUAAAAAUUACUAAAGAUCAUACAAUUCAACCAAGAGGAUCAAUCGCUAACGAUGACAGUACAAAAAAAGUUGAAAAGAAAAAUGAAGGUUAUUUAUAUUGUCUUAUUCAUCCUCAUGAACAAUUGUCGUUAUUUUGUCAAACAUGUGAUCGACUUACCUGCCGAGAUUGUCAACUUACUGAUCAUCGUGAUCAUAAAUAUAAUUUUAUUCACGAAAUUGCUGCCACAACGCGUACUUCAGUUUCAACAUUAUUAAAAGAAGUUAGUUAUAAAAGAGUUUUGUUAAAAAGUGCGAUGAAAGUAAUAGAAGACAGACAAGUUCUAAUAUUGGAAAAAAAGAAAAAUUUAGUUCAAGAUAUUACAAAUAUGGUUGUACAAUUAACAAAUGCAAUCAACGUUAGAAGUAAACAAUUGGUAAUGCGACUAAACGAAGUUUGCGAUCAAAAACAAAAUACAUUAAACGAAAAGAAAACUGCCUUGGACCAAUUAUCAAAAUUAACGGAUCAUUGUAUUCAAUUUGUCAGUUAUGCAUUGGACAAAGGAUCCGAUGUCGAGCUACUCUACAGUAAAAAAUCAAUUACAAGUCAUUUGCAACGGAUAAAAAGUAAACGAGCGGAUAUUCCAAAUCCGGAAAUUCCUGUGAGAAUAAAUCUUUCGUUAGAAAAGUUGCCAGAUCUAAAAAAAGUGCUAUCAUCGAUAGGUGGUAUUGUGGUUGAUGGUAGAGUGUAUCCAUCAACAACUUCAGCGCCGGAGAAAGCUUCGACUCCCGUUCCGUUGCCUGAGCAACCAGCUAAACAACCAACUCCAUGUCCACCUGUUCACGUAGAUGCUCAACCAUUACCACCUCCACCCCCUCCUCUUAAUGCUGCGCAACAUCCGAUGAAUUCGAUACCUCCACACGCGAACAAUAUACCACCAAAUUAUCAACGAAUGAUUCAUCAUGUUCCACCUCAACAGCAGCAGCAGCAACAACAACAACAAUUACAACCACCUCAACAUCAAAUACCUCAACAUCAAGUACCACCUCAGCAUCCAUCGCAACCAACACCUCCUCAACAUCCACCACAACAACUUCAAACCCACGUACCAAAUCACAUGCAACAUUAUCCAUCUCACAAUAUGCCACCACGAUCAUCCCCCCAAAAUCGAAUGACAUAUAAUACAAAUUUCACAAAUAGCAUGCAACAACAUCAAAAUAUAAUGUUACCACAAAAUACUGGCCUCACAGCACAUCAACAACAGGUGACAUCAUCAACCCAUCCCCAUCAACAAGUACAUUUCGAUCAAAUGAAUUCAAACGCAAAUCUUCGUAAUCUUCUCGCCUAUCGUCCACAAUCACAACCACAACCAAAUCCCAUGCAUUAUCGAAUGCCAGCAGGACGUUAUCCAAUGCCUGGACCACAACAAAGGUCAAUUUUAGGCCUUCCCUAUCAACCAAAUGCACCACCAAUGGUACGACUUCCAGCCUAUAAUAAUGCAAAUGUCAAUCAACAUUUAAAUUAUCCUCCCCAUCAACAACAACAACAACAACAACAGCAGCCACAGCAGCAACAACAACAACAAGCAGCACGGUGGCAUAUUCCACAAAAUAUGAAUUCCUGUCUUCCACAUCCUGCUCGUCAACAAUCAAUGCCUUCAAUGCAAGUUCCUCACAAUGAUAGUUAUAAAAUAACAUUAAAAAAUCCACCAGCCUAUAAUAAUAAUGAAAGAUUUCCGAAUAUUAAUCAAAAUUCACAUACUUCCAAUCAAUCGGCAAAUUCACCAUCAUCGGGACAAACAAUAAGUUCAUCAAUGCCAAAAACACCAAGUCCAACAUUACUUGAAAAAUGUGAUGAAAUGGAAAAGAAUUUGGAUAAAUUUUGUCAAAAAAAUAUGAAUGAUUUAAUGAUGACUAUUGCUAAAUUAGAUAGUAAUGGAAUUGUCGUUAUACCAGAGGAACAAAAAAAUCAAUUGGACUCAAGUCAAGUUGAUAGUUCUACUGAUGAAGGUGUUCAUUCUAUUGGUUCGGCGAGUGUUCAAAGUUCUUUAAGUACUGCUAAAAGUACGCCAACAUCAAUAUCAAAAGACGAUCCAAAUGAAGAUUGGUGUGCUGUUUGUAUGGAUGGAGGUGAAGCGGUUCUUUGUUGUGAUAAAUGUCCAAAAGUCUUCCAUUUAUUUUGUCACAUACCUGGAUUAAAAACAUUUCCUGAUGAGAGUGAAACUUGGCAGUGUAUGUUGUGUACAAAUGUAUUGGACUGUUCGGAAGAUCCAAUUGGUGAGAAACGUCCAAAUUGUAUGACAGCACGAGAAUUAAGAAUAGCGCAAAGAAUUGUUCUCGAACUUUAUUGUCAAUAUGAACAAAGUCUACCUUUUAGAGAAGUCGUUUCACCUGAGCAGAUUCUCGAAUAUCAUAAGAUUAUUAAAAAGCCAAUGGCCCUGGAUAUCAUCAGAAAUAAAUUGAAAACUGAUAAUCCCGAGCAUUACACAGAUUUAAGACAUGUUAUGGCCGACAUACGAUUAAUGUUCAAAAACGCUUUCACCUAUAAUCCUGUUGAAUCGCAAAUUUAUCAGGAGGCCCGUAAUUUAGAAGAAUUUUUCGAAAAAUUAUUACUAAAAUGGGCGCCAAAUUACGCUUAUGACGAUCCUUUCCUGGCGGCCGAAGGUGAUGAGGAUGAGGAAGUUGCCCCACCAAACAGGAAAUACCGUCGCAUUAUCAGUGAUUAAAAAGUAACAAAAAAAACAACUUAUGCCUUAUUUGUUUAAAUUAAAUUAUCCAUAAUGAUAUAGAAAUUUUAGAUUAAAAAAAAAGAAAACAGAAUUAUUAUCUGGAUUGAAAUAUUUUGACUCGCUAUUCAAAUAUUUGAACAUGUUCGAAAUUUAUGAAUUCAAAUUGAAAACAAAGAAAAAUUUAAUCCAUUUAAUAUAUCGGAUUUAAUAAUGUAAUAUUUUUCGACUUUUUACAAAAAAAAUUAUCGCACUUUUUCAUAAAAUAUUUAACACACUACAAUCCCAUUAAAGAAAAUAAUAAUAAUUGAAUGAAAUUACAAUUUUCGAUUGACUGUUGAAAAAUUGUAAAGUCGAAAAAUAUGAAGAAUACAAAAGAAAAAAAAAAGGUGUAUCAAAAUAAUGAAAAACAAUCAAUAUUGUUGCUUUCAUAUAUAUUUUUUUUCUUGAAAUUUUAAAUGUUCACUUAAACCUUUUUAAAUUAUAUAUGCUAGAUUCUGCAUUAUAGAUUGUUUAAUAGUUGAAUAUGUUAAUUACAAAUCAAAUCGAAUGCGAUUUGUUCAUUUAGAACAAAUUUUGAAGGGAAUACAUACUUUUGGUAUAGUUUUUGGGGUUUUUAAUAUUAAGUAGGAAUAACUAUGUAAAAUAACAAUUACGAUUGUUUUAGUUGAUAAAAAGUAAUUGUACGUUAAGAAAAAUCAUUUUUCUUGUUCAAGAACAAGAAUAAUUAAUUUGUAUAAUAGUUUAUAUAUCGCAUUAUUUUUAAAUACUUGGAAUGAACUUUUUCUUCUUAACGAAUUCAUUUUUAAAAACCAACAACUGGUUUUUUUUUUUUUUUUUGAUCAAGUGUUCUAAUUCUAUAUUAGAUUUUUAGAUAAAAAAUUUUUUUUUUACUAUAAUUGGAAAUCGAUUUCAAUGUCUUACUAGUACUGCAUAUUUAAAUGAAAGGAAAAAAGCAAAAACGCACUUUAAUUUUACAAUCUAGGAGAAAUGGUAGAUUAAAAUAUAUCUUAAAAUAAUAAGUAUAUAUACAAUAUAAUCGUAUCUAUCUCCAUGUAGAUUUGUAAAAGCAAAUUUUAUCAAAACCAAAAUUCAAAAUCGUCAAUGUUACAUUAUUUAUAAUUAUAUAAAUUCUAAUUAAUUUUACUGAUAGUUAAAAUUUACCACCAGUGGAUUUUGCUGUUUAUUUUUCUGUGUUGAAUGUUCACAAAUGACGUUAUUUAAUUUCAUCACUCAAAAUAAAAUCGAUCUUUUAAUAUUAAGUUUUCUAAACUUUUUAAUUAAACCCAUUUUUAUAAAUUAAGAUUAUUUAAAAAUUAAUUAGCGAUACCCAAGGAAAAUAAUAAAGCAAUUUUAAUUUUUGUUUUUUUAUUUUUAAAUAAUAAUAUUACAAUUAAGGGAAUUAGUGUCCAAUGUUUUGAAGAUAAUACAUAAUAGGAACAUUUUCAACAUUUAGCAUGCUUUCAACUCAAGCACUUCAACACAAACUUUCCCAAUAAAAAUUUUAUAUUCAAAAAAAAAAAUUAGAAAACUUUCAUUUUACAAAAUUUCAGCUACAAAUUUUAAGAAAAAAAAAAAGCAAAAAUAUAAUCCUUUUUUUACAUUUAAUUUAUAUUUUUAUAAACAAAUUUAAUUAUAAAAAGAAAAAACUUAUAAAAACUAUAUAUUAAUUCGAAUUUUGAAUUCAGAACUUAAGUUUUUUGUUUCAACAAUUUUAUUUUUAUCACAUACGCAAAAAACUUUUUCUUUGUAAGAAAAAGAAUUUCUAGAGCCUAAGUACAAUAAAAUUUAUUCAGUCUUUCAAAAAAUCUUAAUCAGUCUCGCUCGCAUGCGCACUUAUGUUCCUUUUAUCAAUCGAAAAUUUCGCUAUUUUGCACUAAUAAGAAGCAGCGCGGUAAUAUUUUUUGUUUUUGUUUCUUUUUUUUAAUUUUCAUAUGGACGAAAGUAUCAUUUUUUUUUCUUUUUCUUCCUCUUCUUUCGUCAAUAUA